UUUUUCAAUUAGGAAAAACGCAAAAUAUAGCUAGAUUUUGGGCUAGUAAACAAAACGCAAAAGCAUGCUGUGGAUCUAGGAGGAAUAUAUAAUUUUCUAAUAAAAUCUAAUAGAAUUGUUGUAUAAAAGUAAUCAAAAGGAAUAAACUGCGAUAAAGUGAAACUAAUAUAAGUGAAAAAAUAGCAAAAAGGAACUACUUAAACGUCACGCAAUAAUUUUAGUUUCUGUAUUAAAAGUGCGGCUGCAACCAUCACGUCGACGACGUAAACGUAAGAAAUGUUUUGGGAUAAGAACUAUACGCCCUCGCAGAAUAUAGAAGCUCUGCUAAAAAAGGAGAAUGUCACAGUUGAGGAGUUUUUAGAUGAAGACGAUAUUAUCCAGGAAUGUAAAUCACAAAAGAAAGCUUUGCUUAACUAUUUUAUGCGACCGGAUGUUAUACGACGUCUCGUUGAACUAACAUUAACUGAACCUCCGGAAGAAUUGCCUGUAGCUCAACGUUUUCGCCAUGCUAAUGUUGCCUGUGAACUGCUAACACUUGGUUUGCCGUCCUUAGAUGAAAAAUUACUCGCCGAUGCAGACACAUUGAAAUUGUUGUAUUCAUAUCUAGAAAAUCAACCACCGUUAAAUCCCUUGCUAGCCUCGUUUUUUAGCAAGACAUUUAGAACGCUCUUCACCAAAAAGUCUGAUCAAGAUUGGUUUUUGUAUCAACAAAUGUGCCUCAAACUCUUGGAAUACCUUAAAUUGCAGAAUAAUUUUUUGGAUUUGAUAUGUAAGCAUUUCACAACACCUGUUAUCCCAGAUCUCAUUAUGCAAAUGAUGCGCAACGUCGAAGGCGGCCAACUAAAACGAAGUCUCUACGAUUGGCUGAACGCGGAGGGCUUGAUCGAGAAGCUAAUCCGCAUUUUGGCUGAAUCUGAAGAGUGUGAGAAGCAUGCAAAUGUAUCGGAAUUUCUCUGUGAUCUUAUACAACAAGGGCGUACUAUGCGUCAAACUGAACAAGACAAUGAUUCAUUUGAGCCUGCCUUUGAUGGUUCAAACCCAAUUUUAAAGAAUAUCGAAAGUGCACCGACUUUAGAAGCCUUGUUUAAUGUGAUUUUGCAACCAAAUGCUCAAGAGAGCGCAAUUGUGUCAGGAAUAACGGUUGUACUUAAAAUUAUAAAACCCAUAGUUAUCGUGGAUGAACGCAAUUCAGAUCGUUUGAAAUUUUUACAAGACCGUGAAAGGAAAAUUCACGAAGAUUUAUUAAAAACUGUGAUCUGUGUCAUAGAACCGCAUCUAAAACACUUUAACGAGUUACUCAGAAACCCGCCAAAAAAACCCGAUAUUGUUAUAUCGGCAGCUACAUUAUCGCCACCGUUUGGUACGACUCGUCUGCAGAUAUGUCGUCUUUUUACAGUAUUAUUGCAGACCAAUAAUGAAGACAUAUCCAAAGCUAUCUGUGAGACAGAUUUCUUUGAAACGUUGCUGUAUUUAUUCAAACAGUACUGUUGGAAUAAUUUUUUGCACAGUGAAGUGGAGAAGUGUCUUCAAAUCGUAUUUUAUAAUUCCUCAACGAACUAUAAUAACAACAACAUUUCCAAUAAUAUUUCUACUCAAAUUAUCGACAGUUCGCAAAAUAGGCGCUGCAAUCUGGGUGACAAUGUCUUCGACAACAACAGGGAUAAUAUAUUCAAUAUUAAAGAACAGCAGCAAUGCAGUCCCGUCGUGGUUUAUCCCGAAAUAGAUGACGAUCGCCGUAUGGGAGACGGUCUAAAUGUGGACGAAGAUCGAAAGCAAGAGCAGCAAAGGCAAGAAGAGCGAGAAGCGGAGCUAAUCAAAGAAGAUAUAAAUAGUGAAAUGGCAGUGCAGCCAGUGGAUGAAAUAAAAAAUGAAGAGCAAUCGUCGGAAGGAGCGAAAUUAGAAUUUGUUGAGGUGUUAAUGGAAAGCAAUGUAAAUGUUAAUGUUGAGCAACUUAAUGCGAAUAUAGUUGAGAUGUCUACCGAAAAUGUUGGUGAUAAUAAUGAACAAGAUUUAACCAAAGUGUCCGUCAAUAUGGGACCGUCCAACUUACAAACUCAUGUUAUUGUUAAUUGCAAAAUUAUAUCAAAAUUAAUGGAUUGUUGGCAACAUAAUCGCGAUGUUGAGUCAGUGGAAAAAGGUUGUCGUCUAGGUUAUAUGGGCCAUUUAAUACAAAUCUUUAGGCAUGUUAUCAAUUGUAUAUCGGAAUGUGAAAAUAUUGGUGCCUUAAUCGAAGCGAACUUUCAAAGCGACGCUGAGCGUGAAUUGUGGCAUUCAAUUAUGAACAACGACACCGGUGACUUGACCAAAGCAUUAAAAACGCAGAGUCAACUGCUAGCCAAUUGCAAUGCUCACGAAGCAUGCGAUUAUAAUAUUACAUUAGACUUUUUAGCUGAUACGGAUUUGUCAGACGCAUUCAGUAGCCUCUGCGCUUAUACGGAUAACUCGGACGCGGAGCUCAUCAACAACACUCUCAAUUUAUUACAGUUUGACGAUGAUGAUGAAGAUGAGAAUGCAACUGGCGGCGAGGUUCUCUCCAUUUACGGUAGAUCUUCAGCAUUGUUAUCCCCCUUCACUGCCACCAGCAAUCCAUGGGAAAUGAAUGAUGAUUUCAAUAUGCUUAAAAGUAGUAGCGCCGUAACAGCUGGAAAUUCAGCACACUGGGCUGCGGACAUUGGUCCAGACAAUUUUGCCGAUUUCGAUGCUCAUUUUAGUUCCUUUAGUAAUGAUUUAGGUGAAAGCUUCGGAGUAUCGACCGCCAGCAAUGCGGGCAACGAGUGCGUUUUUUCCAAUGAGACCGGUAGCAAUGCCAAUAAAACUGGCUCCGAAAAUUCGGAAGGAUAUGACAACAAUGCUAAUGUGGAAAAACCUGGCUGGCCGGCGAAUUUUUUAAGAUUGCAAAUAAAAAACGAAGCACAAUUUAUUGCAAAUAAUUUAAUAGAUGACUAUGAAGACGACGAAGGUAUGUGGACAAGACCGUUGGGUAUGCCACUAAUGGCAACUGACGAACACUUGCGUAAAGCUGCUAGUCAGCUACAACAGCUUAAUACGCAAACCGCUGCUACUAAUGGUCCUAGCAAAGAAAAAAGUCAUGAUCAAGGUGAUGAAAAAGAGGAAGUCACUGAAGACGAUGAUAAAUUGAAUAAUUCAUUGGAGGAGGACAAAAGGUUGAAGGCCAAUCCAAUGCAAUUUUACUUCACUGAGGGGUUUGAUCAAGACGAUGCUAAUGAGAUUAAUUUAGAUGUUAAACCUUCCAUGCACAAGUUAAAUACUUUGGAUAUAGAAAAUAAGCUAUCGAAUAUUAAUAGUUCAGUUACUGAUGAGGAAACCACUACUGCUGCUGCUGAUGUCAAAGACAACGUUACCACAACGUAAACUAAUCGCAUAGAUUAUGUAUCCGUAAACAUAACUACACAUACACAUACAUAUAUAUUACACAAACGCAUACAUACCUAUCUACAUACAUACAUUGAUACGUGCA